CGGCGGCGAGGAUUACCGCGGCCGGGAUUUCCGCCGGGCGCGGAUUAGGAGCCAGCGGAGCCUCUCCUGAGUGGAUCUGAGGGGAUUGCUGCUCCUAAUCAAUGUAAAUGAGGCUCCCCCAGGGCCACCCUUUACGGCAUUAACGAACUAACGGGAUUAGCCGGAGCGGGGUGAGAAAUCCUGGCUCCGAGCUGCGGCGCGUGCCAGGGCCCUGGUGGGCGGCAGCGGUGGGUCGGCUCCAGGCUGCUGGAAAUGGGGAAUGCCGGGGAAUUCCGAGGAAUUCCGGGGUCUUCCGCACGCCCACGGGCUGUCCCGUGGAGAACGUGAUGCCUGAGGGGACCCUGAUGCCCUUCUGGGUGUGUCUGUGCGUUGUCUCCUCUUUGAGGCUGUUCUUGUAUGCCCAUCCCACCUGUACGUGUGGCUUGACACCUGCCCCCAGCAGUGCCUCUCCCGUGCCCUCCAGAACGGGGAUUCUGCUCCAUUGUGAGGCUCGGGCUGUGUCAUGGGCUUCACAGAGCUUGAACAAGGGUCACCACUGCUACCAGAGUUCCCUGCAACCUCAUCAGAGAGAGAACUCUGCUUGGGGAUGUGCAAGGCCUCCCCAACGCUGACCUCCCACCCUUCUCUCCCUUGCAGCCUGCGGCGGGAGGGCUACACGGUGCAGGUGAACGUCAACGACUACCUGGACAUCUACUGCCCUCACUACAACGCCUCGGUGCCCGAGCACCGGCUGGAGCAGUACGUGCUCUACAUGGUGAACGCGGAGGGCUACCGCACCUGCAACACCAGCCAGGGCUUCAAGCGCUGGGAGUGCAACCGGCCCCACGCGCCGCACAGCCCCAUCAAGUUCUCGGAGAAGUUCCAGCGCUACAGCGCCUUCUCGCUGGGCUACGAGUUCCGUGCGGGCCAGGAGUACUACUACAUAUGUGAGUUACUACAGGUGUGAGUGCUGCUACAUGUG